CGCCGCCCCCCGGCCCCGCGCGCUUAUCAGCGGGCGCGGCUGCCCGCGGCCCCGCGGCGGCGGCGGCACCGGGGCUGCAAGAUGCCGCGCUCCUUCCUGGUGAAGAAGCACUUCUCGGCCAGCAAGAAGCCCAACUACAGCGAGCUGGAGAGCCAGGCCGUGCUGGGCGCCCCGCUGCUGUACGAGACGUGCCCGCUGCCCGUCAUCCCCCCGCCCGAGGUGCUCGGGCCCGGAGCCUACUACCCUCCGCUGGUGUGGGACGCGGGGCUGCUGUCCAGCCUGUUCCCGGGCGGCGCGGGCAGCGAGGCCGAGGGCGGCGCGGCCCCCGCCCUGGACCUGACGGCGCUCUCCAGCGAGGAGGAUGAAGGCAAGAGCUCGGGGCCCCCCAGCCCGGCCUCGGCCCCCGCCGCCGCCGAGCGCUUCCGCUGUGCCCAGUGUGCCAAGGCGUACUCCACCUUCGCCGGGCUCUCCAAGCACAAGCAAUUGCACUGCGACGCCCAGGCCAGGAAAUCCUUCAGCUGCAAGUACUGUGAGAAGGAGUACGUGAGCCUGGGGGCUCUCAAGAUGCACAUCCGGAGCCACACGCUGCCCUGCGUCUGCAAGAUGUGCGGGAAGGCCUUCUCCCGACCCUGGCUGCUGCAGGGCCACAUCCGGACGCACACUGGUGAAAAGCCCUUUUCCUGUACACACUGCAACCGGGCCUUUGCUGACCGCUCUAAUCUCCGCGCCCACCUGCAGACCCAUUCAGAUGUAAAGAAGUACCAGUGCAAAACCUGCUCCCGGACUUUCUCCCGCAUGUCGCUGCUCCACAAGCACCAGGAGACAGGCUGCUCCGGCUCUCGCUGAGGACUCCGCUCCCCGGGCCUCUCUCGUCACAAAUACCCAUAUUGUAACUAGUUUUGUAGGAGUUAGUUUCCUCCACGGCCGCGGCAGUGUGCACCGGGCUGGACACUGCUCCUCUGGCCCUUGGGACCCUCACACUCCUCACUUGGUGCCUCCAGUGCAAUGCAAGAGCCUCAUCAUAGAGAAUGCUGGGUUGGAAGGGACCCGCCGGGACCAUCGACUCCUCCAGGAGUUGGGACAUCCCAGGAACCCCUCCGUGUGCCUGAGAACAUUGUCCAGACACUUCCUGAGCUCACACAGGCUUGGUGCUGUGACCGCUCCUCCCAUCGGAGGUGCGGGCCUGGACUCGGUGCCGGGUGUGACACUCGGGGGUCGCGCUCCUGCCCUGGCCCCUCGGCAGUGCCCCCCAUGCCAGGGGCACUCGCACCUUGCAGGGCUGGACCUGCCCCUUCGGCUGGUAUUGAACACUGCCACCGUGUAGCUGGGGGGUUGGGGCUUGGUUUUUUUGUAUUUUGUGUUUUUUUGGUUUUUUUCUUUUCUUUUUUUAUUUUUUAUUUUUAAGUUCUGGUUUGGGUUUUUUUGUUUUAUUUUUUAAUAACACCAUAACCACUUGGUAACUUUUGAGAACCAGUAUUUUUUUGAUGAAGGACAAGACACUUCCCCCCAUACCCCCAGUGUAUAUAACCCGCCUGUAGAAGGUGUAACUAUGCAAUAAUACAGUAUCCCGGUAGUUGUGAAGCAGCUGCUUCUCCCCAGCACAAUGACAAUUUGCAAUGCCUGCGAGAUUAACAGUGUCCAUGAAAGGCAGGGGUAGCCAUUUCAAACCCCAGCCCUGUUUACAGAGCAGCUAUGCACUCAAGCACCUGUUAAUAUGACUCUUAACAACUGCUUUUCAAGAGAACUGUGACUAAUAGCAGGCACUUGUCAGCUGAUACAAUGGUGGCCUGUCCCAGGGCUGUCCAUCGACAGGUGUGUGCCAAAAGCCCUAUUUAUGGCUAUUGACAGGUGCCUCCUGAAUGCAUCUUUCUUUGGACAUUGUUUUCAUGAAUCAUUACAAAGAGGAUGUUUACAUUUCAAAGGUACACUGGUAUUUAUAUUUUUGUGCCACAAUUUUGUACUGAUGAAACUUUUUAUAUAAUGAUAUACAAUUUAUUGAUAUUCAAUAAAAUCGUUAAUUUAUAAU